AUGUCACUCAGACAACCUUACAGUGGCUCGCAGCGAAAACUGGUCCUUGCCUUCGACGUUGGGACCACUUUCAGCGGUAUAUCAUACAGCAUCCUUGACCCGGGAGAAGUUCCUGAAAUUCGCGGGGUAACAAGAUAUCCAGCUCAAGAGCACGUUGGCGGCGAUUCAAAGAUACCAACCGUCAUCCAAUAUGAUAAACAAGGUCGCGUUCAAGCUGUCGGUGCCGAGGCACUGCAAGAAACAGUUGAAGAAAUCGCUGAGGAGGAAGAAUGGCCACCAAGGACGGAAUGGUUCAAGCUCCAUCUUCGGCCAAAGACCAAAUCAGCAUCCCACGUCACCCAGACGAUUCCCCCGUUGCCAGAAGGGAAGACAGCGACAGAAGUAUUCGCCGAUUUCCUACGCUAUCUAUACCAAUGCGCGCGCACGUAUAUCGAAGAGACCCACGCCAACGGUGUGGAUUUGUGGCGAAACUUGGAAUCCCGUACAGACUUCGUUCUAACUCAUCCGAAUGGGUGGGAGGGUGCUCAGCAGAGCCUCAUGCGCAGAGCAGCAGUCCUGGCAGGCCUUAUUCCCGACAGUCCCGCUGGACAACGACGGCUUUCUUUCGUCACUGAAGGAGAAGCCAGUCUUCAUUUCUGUAUCUCAAGUGGAUUAACUACGGAGGCUAUCAAGCAAGGAAAGGGUAUUCUGAUCGUUGACGCCGGAGGAGGUACAAUUGAUAUCAGUGCCUACAAGCAAGCGUCUCAGGACAUCAAGUCAUUUGAAGAAAUGGCUGCCCCUCAAUGUCAUUUUCAGGGGUCAAUUUUCGUGACCAAUAAUGCAAAAAGCUAUCUCGAAAAGUUUUUGAAAGGCUCUCGCUUCGUCAACGAUAUUCCGUACAUUACCAAGGUCUUCGACAAGACGACGAAGCUGAGAUUCCGAAACGCCGAAGACGCGCAAUUCAUCAAAUUUGGGGGCAUUAGGGACAAAGAUCCUGCGCUCAACAUACGUUCAGGACAAUUGAAACUCCUUGGGACAGAUGUUGCCGCGUUUUUCGAACCAUCUGUUGAAUGCAUUGCAAAUUCUAUCGAACAACAACGCGCUGCGUCAAAGACUGCAAUCGCGUCAGUCUUCCUCGUUGGCGGUUUCGCGGCAAGCGAUUGGCUAUUCAACAACCUCAAAGACAGAUUCUCUGCAUAUGGAUUGGAUAUCAGUCGCCCGGAUAGCCACGUAAACAAGGCCGUGGCCGAUGGUGCCAUAUCUUUCUACCUCGAUCAUUUUGUUGGCGCACGAGUCUCCAAGCACGCUUACGGUACCAACUAUGCGGCCGUUUUCCAGCCGAAUAACCCAGAACACAUUGCCCGGAUGUCUCAAAAAUUUGUUGCGUCUGAUGGUCGUGUGCUCAUUUCCGGUGCUUUCGAUGUUAUCUUACCAAAGGCAUGUCCACUUUCGGAGGUUCAAGAAUUCAGACAAUCCUAUUGCCUAAUGUCACGAAAUCGAACAGAUUUACAAAGCGUCUCCUCAAGUAUACGUUGCUAUCGCGGCGAAAAUACCAACCCCCGGUGGUUAGACGUCGACAGAAAAAUGUAUUCUACGCUCUGUGUUGUGACGGCAGAUACGUCUCAGGUACCAGUGCCUCUUUGUUACUCCAUCAACAGUAACUCGAUGUACUAUCGCAUCGAAAUCGAUAUCAUAUUAUCCUUUGGAAUGACCGAAUUGAAGGCACAGAUUGCAUGGAACGAAAAUGGUGUUGAGAAAAGGAGCCCCGCUGAAAUCGUUUACGAACCAGACGAACUAACGCAUAACUGA